AACCAACCACUCGAGCGGUCUUCGGCUGGGACACUUGCCGUGUUUUCGGUGCCCCGUAGCAAAAAGUCGCGAGCCCGCGUUCCUGUCUGUGUGCGUGUGUCAGUGUGAGCGUGUUUGUCACUUUGCCUUGCCUUUGCCUGCUUUGCCGCCCACGGGACCAGCGGGUCGUCGAGCGACAUGGUGAAUCCGGAUUUCCAAACCUCCCUGCCCAUCAUCAGGAAUAUGGACUCGUCGGACCAGGUGCGCCACCUUUGGCGCACUGCUGACGCAGUCUGCUUUGAUGUCGACUCCACUGUCAUCAUGGAUGAAGCCAUCGACGAGAUGGCCAAAUACUGUGGGAAAGGAGAUGCCGUCGCUGCUUUGACCAAAGAAGCGAUGAAGGGUAGUAUGAAUUUCCGUGAGGCUCUUGCCAUGCGUCUGAACAUCAUCAAGCCCUCCGUGAGUCAAAUCAAGAGCUUCCUUCAAAAUGAACCCGCUCGCCUGUCUCCCAGGAUAAAGGAGCUAGUGGAAGAGCUGCACAAACGCCGUAUUCCCGUUUAUCUCAUCUCUGGUGGAUUCCGUGUUCUUAUUCAGCCAAUUGCGCAGGAAUUGAACAUUCCCAUUCAGAAUGUGUAUGCCAACAGACUCAAGUUCUACUUCAAUGGUGAAUAUGCUGGCUUUGAUGAAGAUGAGCCUACAUCUCGACAGGGUGGCAAGGGAGAGGUGAUCAAGAUGCUGAAGAAAACUCACCGUUACAACUCCAUUGUUCUAAUUGGAGAUGGAGCCACCGAUCUAGAAGCUUGCCCUCCAGCUGAUGCUUUCAUUGGUUUUGGAGGCAAUGUUGUCAGAGAGGAAGUCAGAUCAAGAGCCAAGUGGUUCGUCUCAGACUUCAAGGAGUUGAUCGAUGCACUAUGAGAAGGAGGAUAAAAUAAGUGACACUUCAUUCAACGACAGGUUAACAUGGAUGCUGCAGCCCUUGCUUGGCCGUUUGUUUACAAUUAACCCCUUUGAUUUAAAACUGUACCCAUCAGCAGUAUUUUAAAUCAUGAACAUCAGUCUACAUAUGGGGGUUUAAAAAACUUUUUUUGUUUCAUCCAAAAAGUAUGAAGAAAAUGCAUUGGCAAUAAAUCCAAACUAUGUGCCAAGCUGCAGCUACAACAGUAUUUGAAGAUUCUAGAUAAGACUAUUAUUAUGAGUCUCUCUUCUUGGAGUCCUAGGUUGUGAGGCUGUUUUUUGAUUGGUAGAAAGCCUGAAAUGUACCUGUUUGUGUUUUUGUUUUUGAGAUGCUUAUAUGCUUCCAAGUUUUGUGUCAAUCUAACACAUCAAGAACAGUGACAUAUUUAUUUCAUAUCCAUAUUUGUAGGGCUGGUAUGGGUUUUAAAAUUUUUAAAUUUUUGUAUGUUUAUUUUUUUUGCUUUGUUUUUAUUUUUUUGUCUGAGCAUUGUAUCGGUGUAAAGCCCCCUUGUAAUGUCUCAGUCAGAAUGAAUGAAAUGUGUUGUCAUGAUCUUUGCACUACUUUCAUGGAGUUUUUACCUGAACCGUGUUUGUUAUUAUUAAUUAGUUGUACUAUUUUGUGUAGAUAGGCCAAUUUGCAUGUAUUUUUAUUAAAUUAGGGAAAGAACAAAAUGUGUGGCUCUUCCAGGGUACAGGUUCAGAAAACUAAUGUGCAUUGGCUAUUCAGUGAUGGGGUCUCACACUCCCUCUAUUGCCCAGCUAGUCCUGUACCAGAAAUAAACAUACUGGAUUUUGAUGCACAAAUUUACCUGUCAUAUGAAGUCCUGUCUUCCAUGGCUCGCAAGCGCCGAUGCCGAAAUAUUGUGAUACGAUGUUAUAAUUUAGCAGUUCAUCUAGUUGUAGGUCACAAAGAGUCUGAAUAAAUGUUCUUUAAAACUG